GAAAGUUUACUUUGAUGCAGCCUUCCCUUUUUCUAUCCCUUCAAAAUAUCGUUACUGCUUCUUUGUGUUUCAAAGGAUGUGAAUUUGUCGCGUGUGAUCUACGAUAACUUCGUCUCGAAUCUAUUAGGUCUUCCCAAGUUGAUGGAAUCUCAUAGAAUGAAGGCGGUGGAGCGCAUUCAGGAAGGUAACUUUGAUUA